AUGUCAACUAAAAGUGAAUAUCUAAAGUUAAAUGAAAAAAUCCAUUUUGAUUUUCAAUCACGUCGAUCUGUUGUUUAUGGAACAAAUGGAAUUGUCGCAUCAUCUCAACCAUUAGCAUGUGAAGCUGGUUUAGAAAUCCUACGAAAAGGUGGAAAUGCAGCUGAUGCAGCUGUUGCUGUUGCAGCUGCUUUGAAUGUCACUGAACCAUGUUCAUGUGGAAUUGGUGGUGAUUGUUUUGUUUUGUUUUAUGAUGAAAAAACAAAGAAAGUUNAUUUUCAAUCACGUCGAUCUGUUGUUUAUGGAACAAAUGGAAUUGUCGCAUCAUCUCAACCAUUAGCAUGUGAAGCUGGUUUAGAAAUCCUACGAAAAGGUGGAAAUGCAGCUGAUGCAGCUGUUGCUGUUGCAGCUGCUUUGAAUGUCACUGAACCAUGUUCAUGUGGAAUUGGUGGUGAUUGUUUUGUUUUGUUUUAUGAUGAAAAAACAAAGAAAGUUUCUGGAUUAAAUGGAAGUGGAAGAUCACCGAAAAAUUUAACUUUAGAAAAACUUCGUGAAAAAGGUAUUCAAGGAGAUUCGAUUCCACCGAAUAAUCUUAAUUCAGUCACAGUACCUGGUGCUGUCGAUGCAUUCAUUCAAACAGUCAAAUCAUUUGGUUCAGGAAAGAUUUCAUUCGAUGAAAUUUUCACACCAGCAAUUCGAUUAGCUGAAAAUGGUUAUCCGGUUUCAGAAAUUACUGCAAAUAGUUGGGCUAAUGGAGAAAAGAUUCUAAAAGAAGCAUCUCAUAAUGCCAAUGAUAUGUUAAAAAAUGGUCGAGCACCAAAAUCAGGUGAAAUUAUGAAAAUGCCCAAAUUAGCGAAAACUUUUCGUGAAAUUAUCGGUAAAGGUCGUGAUGGAUUUUAUAAAGGAUAUGUUGCACAAUCAAUUGUUGAUUUAAUUCAAAGUAAAGGUGGUGAAAUGACUUUAGAAGAUCUUGAAGAACAUCAGACAACGAUUGUUGAACCAAUUUCAUUUUUAUAUCAACGAGAAAAUCUUCCAUCAGUUCGAAUCUGGGAAUGUCCACCGAAUGGUCAAGGUCUUGUUGCACUUUUAUCUCUUGGAAUUUUACAAGAAUUACAAAAACAAAAGAAAAUUUCUUCAUUAGAACAAUAUGAACAUAAUUCUGCAGAAUAUCUUCAUAUAUUAAUUGAAUCACUUCGUUUAGCAUUUGCUGAUGGAAGAUAUUUUAUUCACGAUCCAACAUUUGAGCAAAUUCCAAUUGAAAAUUUAUUAUCGGAAAGUUAUUUAUCGAAACGAACUGAACAUUUUCAAACGACAUCAAUAAAUAAAAAUUUAAAACAUGGAAAUCCUGUCAAUUCAUCGGAUACGGUUUAUUUUGCUGUCACGGAUGCACAAGGAAAUGCUUGUUCAUUUAUAUUUUCAAAUUACAUGGGUUUUGGUACUGGGGCCAUUCCAGAUAAUUGUGGAUUUACAUUACAAAAUCGUGGAUCAAAUUUUAUUUUAGAUCAAAAUCAUCCGAAUUGUUUUCAAAGUCAAAAACGACCUUAUCACACGAUUAUCCCAUCGAUGAUUACUUAUGAAAAUGGAGAUUUAUUUGCUUGUUAUGGUGUUAUGGGUGGUUUUAUGCAACCUCAAGGUCAUGUUCAAGUCUUUUGUAAUUUAUUACAUUAUCAAAUGAAUAUUCAACGUGCACUUGAUCUUCCUCGAUUUUGUAUUGGUCCAUUUAUUCCAAAUGGAAAUGAAGAAGAUGAAUGUCCAAGUGAAAUCUUUUUUGAAGAUGGAAUCGANAUGAUUACUUAUGAAAAUGGAGAUUUAUUUGCUUGUUAUGGUGUUAUGGGUGGUUUUAUGCAACCUCAAGGUCAUGUUCAAGUCUUUUGUAAUUUAUUACAUUAUCAAAUGAAUAUUCAACAUGCACUUGAUCUUCCUCGAUUUUGUAUUGGUCCAUUUAUUCCAAAUGGAAAUGAAGAAGAUCAAUGUCCAAGUGAAAUCUUUUUUGAAGAUGGAAUUGAUGAAAAUGUUCUAAAGAAAUUACAAUCUUAUGGUCAUCAGGUGAAAACAAUUAAAUCAUUUGAACGUGCAAUGUUUGGUCGUGGUCAAAUUAUUUAUCGUGUUUAUAAUGAAGAAAAUCAAUUAGUUUGGGCAGCAGCUUCUGAUCCAAGAGGUGAUGGACAUGCUACUGGAUAUUAG